AUGUACCCACUGAGUGAUGCAUAUUUAGAAAAAACGUCCAACAAUGAAAUCAUUCAAAGGAUAAUGGAGCUUCAAAAUUUGUUGAUAAUUAUUUCUGAUAACAUGGAAUUGUUAAAAAAUAAAAAUAAAUUAUUGGAUGAAGAGAAUAAAAGUUUACAAAGACAUAUUAAAGAUAUAGUAAACCAAGUUAAAACGGAAUUUACGCAAAAUGCUCACAAGGAUAAUUCAGCUCAUUCGGAAUACACACCUGUCCAUCUUCGAACGCAAAAAGGUGAAGACAAAAAUUACGAAAGCUACAAUGGUAAACAUAACAACACUGAACAGGAUAGUAGUAAUAAUAAUAUAGAUAAUAGUACUACUAAUAAUAAUAUGUAUGACAAUAGUAAUAAUAUGCAUAAUAAUAAUACGAAUAAUAAUAAUAUGAAUAAUAAUAAUAAUAAUAUGGAUGAUAAUAAUAAUAAUAUGGAUGAUGAUAAUAAUAAUAAUAUGGAUGACAAUAGUAAUAAUAUGGAUGAUAAUAAUAAUAAUAAUAAUAAUAAUAUGGACGAUAAUAAUAAUAAUAAUAUGGAUGAAAAUAAUAAUAAUAUGGAUGAUAAUAAUAAUAAUAUGGAUAAAAACAAAAACAGAACAAAUAACAACAAUAGAGGUACAAACCAUAACAUUAACGAGGUAAAUAACAGAAACACCCCAGAGGGGAUACUUAAUAGUAAAAAGCAUGUAGAAUAUACAAAUAAUACCAUAUAUUGUGAAAAUACAAAUUACAAUAAAAUACAAAAUAUUAACAAUAUUAAACGAGAAUAUACAAAUAAUGAGAAUAAUAUAGAGAAAGAGUUAAAUGUUAGUAACAAUAAUAAAAAAAGGGGUGGCGAUAAUCCCACUCUUUUAAAAGAUCAUAAUUCAUCCAGAAGUAAUAUUUAUAAUUUAUUAAUGGAAGGGGAAAAGUUUAACUCUUUUAUUAACAUGGCAUCUAAUGUUCUUAAUUCUUCUUUUUUUAAUAUAUCAAAAGAGCUUGAAUAUAAAAAAAGAACCGAUUUAAAUAUUGUAAAGUCGCAGGACAAAACUGCAAGAAAUGUAUGUACAAAUAAUAAUGAAAUAAUUAAAACAAAUAAAAGCUCAUACAAUGAGGGAAACAAUAAUUUAUUAGAGAAAACAUAUACGAAUAGUUCAGACUAUAGCAAUGAAAGGCCCCCUAACAAAAUGAAAAGCAGUUGCGUUGAAGACGUAAUCUUGCUUGACGAAGAAGAAACACAAGGAGGAGAACAAAAGUGUGAACAUGAAGUAGCAAAAGAAAAAGGAGGAAUAGAAAAACAAACAGAAUCAGUAAAUGAGAAGGGGGAACUACCUGAUAAAGAGGAGCUAAUUGAUAAAAAGGUGCUAAUUGAGAGGGGGAACGUAAUUCAGAAAGGGAAGCUAACUGAGAAGGAGGAAGUAAACGAGAAGGAAAAAGUAACUGAGGAGGAGGAAGUAAUCGAGAAGGAAAAAGUAACUGAGGAGGAGGAAGUAAUCGAGAAGGAAAAAGUAACUGAGGAGGAGGAAGUAAUCGAGAAGGAAAAAGUAACUGAGGAGGUAUUGUUUAAGAAGGAUAUAGUAAAUGAAAAGGAGCAGCUAACUGAGAAGACAGAAGUAAAUAAAAAGGAAGUAAUUAAGAAGGAAGUUCCUGAGGAGAUAGUAAAUGAAAAGGGUACAGAAAAUGUAGAAGCAGUGACUGAGAAGGAUAUAGUGAUUGUGAAGGAGGAAGCGAUUGAGAACGAUACACAAAACCAGGAGACAAGUAAUGCCGAAAAUAACAAGGUUAUAUAA